UACUGGAGACUUUUAACAGAGAAAGUAGAAGGCUGUUGGCAUGCUUGGAAACAGCUGAUGUAUUUUUUUGAACUCAGGGCGCCUUUCUUAACACGGGGCUACUAUACUUCAUGCAAGGGCCUAACAUAUGAUGAUAAAGACUCAAAGUAUCGGUUGAUUUUGGUUGAAUCACGAAUUCAUCGAUUGGCGCGUUAUUACAAAAUCAAGCGUCAGUUGCCGGCAACGUGGAAGUACGAGUCAUCCACUGCAUCUGCGCUUGUCUCCUAA